GGCGAGCACUGCACCAUCUUGUAUAUAAGAUGUGUUUAAUUUAUCAUGAGGUCUGGAUCAUUAUGAGCGGCAAAGCCGUCCGAUCUACAGUCCAUCAAUGGCUGUUCAUCUUGGUGGUUGGUUGCGUGGUUACCAGAUUCCCAUCCUGAAAACCUAUAUCGGCCAUUAGGCAAUGCCUCGAUAUCUAGCUAUCGUUCGGCACAGCACUCUCGAGUCAUUUGGUCACUGCGAGAAAGAAGUUAAGAGGAUGAUCAAAGCGAGGCUGGCUGUACAUGAAGCAACAGAGUUUAGCUUCUUCCUGCCGACCGCAUCCUUGCCUCCAGUGUAUUACGCAUUGUUUGUUGUUCCACGCCUGAUUACGGAAAUUGAAAUGGAUGGCUUAAGACUUGCCGAUGGUCUUCUUAUUGAUGUUCGCCGCUUACAGGGAGAACUUGAAGUGUAUAACAUUAUAGAUCUAGUCUAAAGCAUAGAGAUAUACUAGCAUUUCUCUCUCAAACAUGAGCCUUGCAGGAGGACAUUUGUAUAUAUAGAUAAGACGGAGUACCAACCUUCCAUAGAAGCUAGGAAAUCUGGGAUAGGGAAAUGUCC